AUGAAGGCUGCGCCGCUGAUCAUCAAUUGGCACGACCAAAACGCCCCAAUCUAUUCGGCUCACUUCGAGCCCAGCGGAAAGGGGCGUUUGGCCACAGCGGGAGGCGACAACAACGUCCGGCUGUGGCGUGUUGAGAGCGACGGUCCCGAGCGCAAAGUAGAGUACUUGUCGACACUGGCCAAGCAUAAUCAAGCUGUCAAUGUCGUACGAUGGUCCCCAAAAGGCGAGAUGCUAGCUUCGGCUGGCGACGACGGCAACGUGAUCCUAUGGGUUCCCAGCGAUACACCGCCCACCAACUUUGGCUCCGAAGAUCUCGAGGAUAAAGAGUCAUGGCGUGCCAAACACAUGUGUCGCUCGAGCGGUGCCGAAAUCUACGAUCUGGCGUGGUCGCCUGACGCAGUUCACUUCAUCAUCGGGAGUAUGGACAAUAUUGCCCGCAUCUAUAAUGCCAGCACAGCAGAGCACAGUCACUACGUGCAGGGUGUCACUUGGGACCCUCUCAACGAGUACAUUGCGACUCAGUCCUCCGACCGAUCCGUGCACAUAUACUCCCUAAAGACCAAGGAUGGGCAGUACACCCUUGGAACGGAGGAGAAGGCGUUGAAGCUGGCGAACCACCUCAAGGCCGAUCUACCACCUCGCCGCAUCUCCUCGAGCAGCCCGGCUCCUCCAGAUUUUGGCCACAGAGCUCAGCUGUCCGUCCUCGAAUCGUCAGUGGGAUCACCGCCGACACUAUCGGCCCCUGAUACACCAACCUCCACCACUCUUCCCAUGAACCCACCAAGUGCUGUCAGCCACAGCAGGAGGUCGUCCUUUUCAUCGUCACGACGCAGUGUCUCGCCAGCGCCGUCGAUGCCACUUCCAGCCGUCAUGCCCAUGGCCGUGGAAGCAUCACCGAAGCCGCACAGCCUCUCCGCGGCCGCUACUGUUGGGAAUGGCAUGAAGAAUGCCAACUUGUACGCCAAUGAGACGUUGACAUCGUUUUUCAGACGCCUCACCUUCACACCCGAUGGCAGCUUACUACUGACGCCUUCGGGGCAGUAUCAGAACCAACACCAUUCAACUGACAAAGACGUCAAGCCAAGCACAGAGGUCAUCAACACUGUGUAUAUAUACACGAGGGGCGGAAUUAACAAGCCGCCAGUGGCCCAUCUUCCAGGUCACAAGAAGCCUUCGGUGGUCGUCAAAUGUUCUCCGAUCAUCUACACUCUGCGACAAACGCCACCCAUCACAAAGCACAUCACUAUCGACACUUCAUCGGGAGAAGAUCAAAUGCUGUCGCUGCCGGAGCCUGUAUCGAUACCAGCUGCCAAGGUCUCCGUCAUGGAUCCCCCGCCGCCUCCUCCUACAGCAGCGGCAGAGACAAGCGCUCCAGCAGCUCAUGCCCAGGUGUCGGACACUGAGGCAUCUGAGGCAUCCCAUGCAGGACCAAAGUCAGCUUUCUCGUUGAAGUACCGUGUAAUCUACGCGGUCGCAACGCAGGACGCCGUGCUUCUGUACGAUACUCAACAGAAGAUGCCCAUCUGCGUGGUGAGCAAUCUACACUGCGCAACAUUCACUGACCUCGCAUGGUCAAAUGACGGCCUAACACUGCUCAUUUCAUCUUCUGAUGGAUUUUGCUCCACGCUGACAUUUACAAACGGCGAGCUGGGUGAGGUCUACAAGGGUGAAAUAGGACCGCCCAAGCCUAUCGCGGCCACAGCGGCUUCAUCUGUCCAAAACACACCAACACCAACGCCGACAACGCAAUUCGCGCCACCUUCUCCAUUCCAAGGUCAUGGUAGUCAGCACCGUGGAACCUCAAGCUCGUUCACAGCACCUUCACCGCCAUCGACCACGGCGUCGGCGACAGCUCCGCCACAGCAAAGGCCACACUCGCCGGCUCGUUCCAACUCGACGUCUUCUGUCGCGACGCAGUCCUCAAGCGUGAAGAACAAUCCACCACUCAUCGGCGGCAGCGUACCCGGUAUUGCCGCCACCAACUCGGGUAAGGUGACUGGCGUACCGAUCACAACCCCACCCGAAACGCCCAGCAGCCUCGCUGGUAGCAAGCGCGAGGCAAGCGAGAGCGAAAAGGAGGAUACCAAAGAGCCCAAGAAGCGGCGGAUUGCGCCGACACCGGUGGAGAAGCCUUGA